UUCCCUUUAGCGGAGGUUGUUUGGUGAGGGUGGAUCACAGCAUUCUUAUGCCACCGUCGUUUCUCGUGUUGGCUGUCAUGGACUUGACUAGUCACGGUGUUUUCUAGCAGUAAUCUAUGGGAUGGAAAGCUUGAGAUCGUAUUGAGGUACCUGUCGGCUGAAGGACACGAGAUUAGUUUAGAUGCAGUAAACUGGAAACAAUGGAAGAAAGGAAGAUCAAGAGGAGGAGCCCCAAAUCAUCUACCAGUCACCCUGCUCAGGUUGCUAACUCCAAGAAAAACUCAGUGCCGGUCAGUAAAAGCACAGCCUUUUCAAAUCCUGCGCCACAGCCGGCGGUACAAAAACCAAAGUUAAAACGAGUAAUAAAAGAGAAAGCCAAACCUCCAGGAGGCGAAGCAAAAGGGGCACAGGCAGCACCAAUCCAGCAUUCUUUUCUCACAGAUGUAUCUGAUGUCCAGGAAAUGGAAAGGGGACUUCUGAGUCUCCUGAAUGAUUUCCACUCUGGCAAACUUCAAGCAUUUGGAAAUGAAUGUUCCAUAGAGCAGAUGGAGCAUGUGCGGAGUAUGCAGGAGAAACUUGCUCGCCUCAACCUGGAGCUCUAUGGAGAGCUGGAAGAACUCCCUGAAGAUAAAAGAAAACUAGCCAGUGACUCCAACCUGGAUAGGCUGCUGUCAGAUCUAGAAGAACUGAAUUCAUCUAUACAAAAACUACAUUUAGCAGAUGCUCAAGAUAUUCCAAAUGGUGCCACAGGCUGAAAGAACAGCUUUGUCAGAUGCUUUUCUUUUGUUGGGUUUUCCCCCUCCCUGACAGUGGAAUCUGGAACAUUUGUGGGUUUGUGCGUGUUUGGUGUUAAUUCUAUACACUGAAGAAUCAAAGUGCAAAUCCAGGUGUUUCUUUUUGCACAUUCCUCUUUGAGCACUGCAUUAUGCCAGUACUCAGUAUUUAGAGUUUUAAACAGAUGAUUGUGAUGCUGUGCUUUUUAUUAUUGCUUUAUUUAAUAGAAAAACUGGGCAAAUGUGAAAGUACAUUUUUUUCUGCUCAGUGUUGUUUGUAUGGUUGAAAAUGAUGUAUGUAUAUAAGUUCAUUACCAUCUCCCCAUUUUUUAUCAAGGUACCGAUGUUGCCUGUCUGAUCAGUAUGUAGACAGUCUGCACGCUAUCUUUAGUAUUCUGUUGAUCAGUGAUCUCACAGAUUAAUUUAUUGUUAAUUAAGUAAAACAUUUUAAAUAGACAGUGUUUCAUUUAGAGAAGCUGCUAUUUGUUUGGCUGUGUUAAGCAGGUCCAAGUUCUUUUAUGGUCUUAAUGGUUGCAGAGUUUACUUUAUUUUCCAUUACUGUGAAUAAUUAUAGAAUGUCACUAGAUUACAACUAGCAUGUGUGCUAGCUUGAGGAAGGAUUGUAAAAUUCCAGAAUUGGGUAAACAGUAAAUAAAGCCAGUAUAAGCAA